AUGUUGCUCCAGCAGGCGCCUACGAUCUCGAAGCGCUAUUCGGAACAGUAUCACGAUCUUGAGCUCAUGGUCCAUCGACUCGACCGGCGCUCCGCACACAUCAGCCAAUUCCUGGCGUUCACAGCCCAUCCCAUGUACCAACGGCGCGACUAUCUUGGAUACGUACGACACUUUAUACGAAAGCUGUACACCAUCCGAUUCACGCUCAGUCCAUCGAUGGACGUCUCGCUCGGCCUGGAUCUCGCUGGACUGCACCGUCUUCUCGCACGUCAGCCUCAGACGACUCGCGCGAAGAAGCGCCGUCGGCCCAAGUUCACGUUCGGCCAGGAUGAGGAUCAAGACUGGGCGGACGGUGACGUGCGAGACGUGCAAUCGGGUUUAUCACGCAGACUGCGUGUUCUACCCGAAGCACUGCAGCAGAACGUCAUGCGCAAUGAGCUUCGGUUUGUGUUUCCGCUCUGCUGUUUGCGCAAGAACCGGCCCCGGUACGAACAUGCGGAACUGCGUGUGCGCUAUACCCAGCCCGGACAGCCCGCAACACCCGGUCCUGGAGAGGUCUUCGUCGACACGGGCAGGAUACUCGAUACCUUUUCGAAGGACCUCAUCCUCAUUGCUUUGCCUUCGCCACACAAGAAUACACUCUACGUCGAGCUCAAACACUUCGCGUCCGGUCAACCCGACUUUGCGCCCGCGAACGACAAACCGAACGGUCGCAAGUCACAAUUUGCAACACCACCGACAGCCGCAUCCUUUACCGCCGGCUCCGGUCGCAGGUCCACCAUCCGCGCCUCCCCCACCUGGUCAGCGUGGCUGCGCUCCUUCCCCGCCAUGGCAGCAGAUUCCUGCCGUACCUGUGACUCCUGGCUACGCGCCAGUCGCACGACCGCAUCAGCGGCCGCGCGCGUCUGGUACUGCCCAAUCGUCGCAUAUGCGGAGUAG